CGCAUCUCUUUGGGUCCUCACAGCGACAGUUCCGCCUUGGUCGUGUACUUCAAGAGACAGGUGGGAUGCUGGAGUGUUAGCUGGUGGCUGUCGUGUACGUGGAAGAAGAACGCAGAUAAAUCAUUACACUCCACUGCCGUCUUUUAUUCCUUGGAAUGCGCUUUCAUGUUGCUGGUCUAGGUUCAAUUGGAACGUUACUGGCCUUCCAUCUCCGGCGCGCGGUAGACCCGAAGCACUCCAUCACACUCAUACACAAGAACAACGAGUUAGCCGACAACGCUCGCGGACUUGGGGGACACCUAAGUGUCGAGUACAAUGGCGCGUUCCUUACCGAGACUGGGUUCAGGCAUGAAGGCUUCCAUCCUAUCGGUCGAAUAUAUCGAGAGGCGGUCAGGGAGGCUCGUCAAUUCAGAGCAGGGAAUACAGGCGUCCCAGUGGACAGCCAGCCAAGCGGUGACAGCCCUGCGACCUCGUCCGAUACCAGUAUCGACUCGUUGUUCAUAACGACGAAGGCGCACGCUGUACAGCAUGUGGUCGAAGGACUCCUCCCUCGCUUGUCACCCCAUUGCACUAUCGUUCUCAUGGUAAACGGUAUGGGUGUGUAUGAAUCGAUAACGAACAAGUUUUUCCGGAAUCCAGACACACGGCCCCAUUUCAUUCUUGCCUCGAAUACUCACGGCGCCUGGUUGAAGAGACCAUACCGCGCCGUUCAUGCCGGUACAGGUGCUAUUCAGUUUGGCAUUGUCCCUGACCCCCGAGGUCGAGAUUUCGAAGCUUCUAUGCACUCCGGGGGCAUUCUUAGUCCUCCAUAUCGGAGGCGAGUCAACCUAAACGACAUUGCCCUCCCGAAAGACGACCCGAACUCCACGGAAUACGUGUCCCUCCGAAACACGGUGACUGCAUUGCUCAGCAUGCAAGACCUGCACACGGAGUGGCUGCCCAUGUCUGAGCUACAACUUGCCAUGCGCAGGAAGCUUGUUGCAAACGCUGUCAUCAAUCCCCUGACAGCCCUUCUGAAUUGUCGGAAUGGGGAGAUCUUCAAGACUGAAGAAGGCGUUCGCAUCAUGCGGAGGGUGUGUCAGGAAGCUGAAGAAGUCUUUGCCGCGGAUAUCCGGUCUCAGCCGCGGGGAUUCGAGUAUCCCGUAGACGAAGCGCCCCAAGGAGAUCCUGUGCCGCCAUCUCUCAAGGCCGAGGGCUUAGAGCAAAACUGCCUAAAUAUUGCGACGGGGACAGCGAUGAAUUUUUCUUCGAUGCUGAACGACAUUCGAUACGGCAAGAAGACCGAGAUCGAUUUUCUCAAUGGUUAUUUGUUGAUGCUGGGGGAGAAAUACGGCAUUCAGAUGGGGGCGACCGCCACGUUGUUGAAUCUCAUCAAAAUGCGUUGCGCCAUCCCACCCAAUCCAUUGUAGGUGACUUGCUGCCUUGUGUACAUGCCGUAUGGGCGAACGGAUGUUCCAUCACGGGCGGUGGGCCGCUCAAGUCACUGGCCUUUGGUGGAGUCGAAGAACAUCGAUAUUGCUCAACCAAUCCUUACAGGGCGUUACAACACGGGCGCAGCUCGCCCAAUCGGGCAUGCUAGUGGACUACACCCACUCCAGGCAUUGAAGCGUCUUCAGUUGAGGACACAUCAUUUGUCCGGACGUACUGCGCCGAUACAAUUGGGAUCGCGUUGCAGUGCUUAGACGGCCGAUACUCCUUCAAAGGGGUCGCCCGCGACACCAGACGGCUCUGUGGUGGGAUUGGAGGGUGGUCUGUUGUAGAGGGCCGGGCAGCAGAAAGUACCAUAUGUUCGUAUAGUAUGGCAGGAAAUUCAGGUCAGCCAACACUGUUGGUUGGUAGGAACUCCCCACUCUACUCCAAUGGCCGCUGACAGGGUGCGGUAGGGUUUUAGAGCAGCUUGAUCAGUUCCCAACCACUAGAAGCACUGUACAGUAAUAUUAACUGAUCGUUACAUGAUAGCACAAAGCACAACUCUAGAUGUAUGAGACUGGAGUUUAUCGAAAGACC